UAGAUACCCCACACGUAUUCGUUUGAUUAAAACAUAUUUUUUGAGUUUCAGUUCUAAGUAUGGGGAACUCCCGAAAUUUAUUGUUUUUUUUUUUCUAUCUUUGUGUCAAAAUCUUAAUGCGGUUCGCAGAAUCCAUCUACUUACUAAGUUUCAACAGUAUAGUUCCUAUAGUUUCGGAAAAAAAGUGGCUGAGACAUACGGACGAACAGACAGACAGACACGACGAAUCCAUAAGGGUUCCGUUUUUUGCCAUUUGGCUACGAAAUCCUAAAAACAGUAAAGCGUUUUUUGUUAUGGUAACAAAAACUUCAAAUGUCAAAACAACCGAUGUACAUGCUCUUACAGGUUAUGUUAUUAUUAUAACCUUAAAUUAGUUAUUUAAUUAAAAUAUUAAGAAGAAUAGUGCACCGACCACUAGGGCGAUGGGGUCUUCGUCAGACGAGGAGUUUGGUUGGACGAACACAUCAAAUGACGACUCCGAUACGGAACCGGAAAAGACAUAUGACGGCGAAUCAGAUUCCGGUAAAAACUUCAAAAAGAAACUUCAAAAGGAGCUGUUUCAAAAUGGCGAGUCUCAAGAGACGCCGCACGAGCGGAAAAAACUCAAGAACCCGAAGCGAGAGGAGUCGUCCUCCCUGUCCCCUUCACCCCGCCGCGUCAAGCGCGAGUCGCUCGCCAACGGGCACGACGACUCCGCCGCGGCCGAGCACAUACUCAAGAUGAAGAUCAAGCAAGAAAAAGCCGGCUUCGCCGUCCCGCGAGGCUCUCCGCGCAAGAGACGCGCCUCCGUCGCCAACGCCGAGCCCGAGCCCGAGCCCGAGCCCGAGCCGGAACCCGAGCCCGAAGCCGAACAACCUCGGAAGAAAAAGAAGAAACGCGACAAAGAAAGAGACGAACAGGAAUCCUCCGCUACUGAGGCCGCCGCCGGCCCCGCCGCGGAUCUCGCAGGAAGCCCCGUCGAUGCCGCCUCCGACGAGCCGGCUGAGCGCUCCGCUAAAAGCUCUGAGUCACCGAAGAAAAAAAAGCAUAAAAAGAAAACUGUAAUACAAGAAUCCUCAAAUGACCAGGAUUAUUUCGACGGGUGGUGGAAAUUCGAGGCGGAGGAAACGAUCGUCCAGGAACGCUGGAACGCUUUUACGAGCAAGGAGUUCGUCAGCGAUGACGACUCGCCAGAGGUCGAGCCGCCCGCACCCGCGCCCGUCCAGCCUCGGGCCGGCCCGAGCGACGCGAAGCACGUCGAAUCUCCGCGGCGAGCGAGAAUGUCCGACAGAAUAACCUACGAGGAGGAAUCGCAGUCCGAAACCGGAUCUAAAACUCGGAAAGAAUCGCAGUCGAAGGCUACGUCUCCCCGCCGACCCCGAUUAUCAGAAAGGAUCACGUUCGAGGAGGACUCGCAGUCGGGGCCCGAACCUCCCGCGGCGGCUCCAAAUAUAACUCAGAGGAAAUCCCUGCCCGUAGAACGCCGGCGGAUAUCCGAGAGGAUCACGUUCGAGGAGUCGGCCUCGGAGCCGGAGCCGCGCGCGGCCGAGGACAGCGGGCGGCUCGGCCGCUUCCUGCGCGCGCACGCGCACAUGCACCCCGUGCUCGGCGACUUCCCGCCCGGCGCCGCCAUCACCGCCGACGACGACAUAUGGAUCGUGCGCUGCCCGAGGGACUUGCCCGUGAGCGCGCUGAAGGGGAUCACGCUGGACCUCGACUUCAAGAGUAAAGUGAAGAUCGGCGGGCAGGCGUACGAGGCGACGCCCGCGGCGAGCGCGGAGGGCGGCGAGCGCGUGGCGGUGCUGGCGCCCGCGGCGCGGGGCAAGGGCUUCUGCGUGCGCUCCGUGCCCGUGCGCGGCUCGCUCCGCCUGCGGGCGCGGCUGCCGCGGCCGCCCGCGCCGCCGCACGCGGACGCGGACUGCCCGGAGCGCAUCCCGCUGCCCGACACGCGGGCGCGGCACCCGCUGCUGGGCGCCGACUUCGAGCGCGCGCUGCCGGCCGCGGUGCGGCGCCGCCUGGCCGCCGCCCGCGCCCGCGCCCGCGCCGACCCUGACGAGCUCGGUCGCGACGUGCGCCGAGAGAAAAAGAAGAAGAAAAAGAAGCACAAGGAGCGCCCGGAACUCGAGCCGGACCCCGAACCGGUGGUCGAGCCGGAACCUGAACAAAAGAAACGCAAGCGAAAACACAGUUCGCGGCACGAGCCCGAGCCGAACGAGUCCGAACGCGAUCUUCGGUCGCCUCCGCGGAAGAAAAAGGUGAAAAAGGAAAAGAAAGAAAAAAAGCGGCGCGACGAUGCCGCCGUCUGGGACUCCGAGCAGGCCAUCGAGGAGAGCCUCUUUAACUUUUAGUUAUGUUGUGUUAAGUAGACUAGACUGAUCGGACCCGAUCAAUCUACGCUAGCUAUAUCGCAACGUAAGUGACGGACGUAGUUCAACACUGCAUCUGCAUAUUUUUAGGCCAUGGUUUUUAUAUAUAGAUAAAAUUAUAUGAAGCUCAAUACAGACGUAACGGAAUUCAGUUCCGAAUUUCUAUGAUUCUGUCUGGUCUAGCAUAUUAUUAUAUCUGAUUAUUCAAAAGCUAUAAUUUCUUCGAAACUGAAUUCCAUUGCGGCCUCAAUCAUGUUGUUUCGGAAUAGGGUUGAUUCCAAUUUUUUGAAACGCUUGUAAUACGUUCUAUAUUAACCAAACGUUGCCCUAAAAUUUAACUUUUACCCUAAAAACGGCUUUAAAUAUGUUAAAUUAACAAAAUAUAUUUUGACCCAUGCUUUCGCGCCCAAAACGCUCUUUGAAAAUUGUAUGACGUCACAGUUUACGGUUUGACACAACUAUGUACAUACCAAAGAGUAAAGUAAGUAUAUAGGUGCGGUCGGCCUCCCGUUGUCUAUUCUCAGUACAAAAUUUGAUACUCAAGCCGUAGCCAUUUAGGUGGUAGGCCAGCUGUGAUGCGUGCGUGUGGGUUUUUAACCAACUAAUAAAAUAUGUUUUCUGUAAUAAUUGAGUUGUUGAAGCUUCAAUUAAUUGCCCACCACCAAAAUGGCUUAUGCUGGAAUAUUAAAUUUUGUACUGAGAACAGACAACGGGGGCCGACCGCAAAAACCGAAAAUCGCAUAUUGUGGGGAUCUUUCUCUUUUACUCUUACUAAGACGUAAUUAGAAUGACAGAGAAAAUGACCGCAAUGACCAAUUUCGAUUUUCGCGGUUAUAGCCCAGUGUCAAACCGUGAGUUGUGUCGUCAUCAGAAUCUUGAAUGUGGUUUCGACUUGGGUCACGUGACGUGUGUUAAAAGAUAUUUUAAAUUCAAUAUUUACGAAAAUAUGCCCAUUAGAGGUCCACUAAGGUAGUUUAACAUGUUCUUAUAAUCCAUAAGAAUUUAUUGGGAUACUAUUCUGCCCUAAGAUUUGUAGAUGGAAACAACCCUACAUACAGGCAAUUGGAUUGAGAUAUCUGAUCGGAAUAUCGUCACGAGGAACAGAAACUCCUUAGGCAGAAUUGUUCCAAAAGUGUCCCGCUGUCAACUAUAAAUAUUAGUUCCAAAUCUCUCCAGAGUAGCGCUAGAGUAGCUAAGAACCUAGGCGUUAUUGACGGAGUGAAGUGCGCUGUCUAUGAUUAGAUUUUUUUCUCAAGUAUUUUAGGUAUUGUAGAUUGUAGCGCCACCUAUUUAUGUUUUUUUUUUCGGACACUGUUUGGUAUAUGGAGAUUUUGUUCCUUUCCAUAAUCGUCACGGAAAUCAGAAAAAACUGACAGACUGAUAUGUCUGUCUGUCACAUUUCUGAUCCGUCUGCGGUGGCCCUGAGAUGAUGUUUAGUCCUUACAACGUUCAGUUUGACCUCAUUUGUAUUUUAUUAUUACAUUUAGUUCUAUUAUCAAUAUU